GUCGCCAGCGCGCGGGGCGGGCACCUCUGGUUUCCCGCGGCUAUGGAGCGGCUGACCUUGCCUUCCGGCGGCGCCGCGGCCGUCGGCGAGUACCUGGAGUAUCGGAGAAUUGUCGGUGAGGACGAUGGAGGGAAACUUUUUACUCCUGAAGAGUAUGAAGAAUACAAAAAAAAAGUAUUACCUAUGCGCUUACAGAACAGAUUAUUUGUGAGCUGGCGAUCACCAACUGGAAUGGAUUGUAAGCUUGUGGGUCCAGAGACACUGUGUUUUUGUACACAUAGGUAUAAACAACAUAAAACUGACUUUGAAACGAUUCCACAGCAACGCCCUAUUAGUCUCUCUUGCCGAGUGAGCAGCUGCGGGUGCAGGGCGUACCUUUACGUCCCUCUGAACGGCACCCAGCCCAUUCGCUGCAGGUGCAAGCACUUUGCGGAUCAGCACAGCGCUGCCCCCGGCUUUCUAUGCAAUGCCUGUGAGUUACAUUGUUAUAAACACACCGACAGAAUGUUUGUCUUUCUGUAUUGGAUAUUUAAUGCGUCUUUGUGCCAGUUUUAUUCAGCUGCCAAAUGCAGCAUGUGGUUGCUUAUUUCUGAUAGUCACUUUGAUAAAAAUGGUAAAAUACCACUUUACCAGAUAAAUGGUACAAGCAGCCAAGUUUCUUCCUUAAAGAGACCUGAAGAGGAUGAUAUGGCUUUCUUUGAAAGAAGAUACCAAGAAAGGAUAAAAAUGGAAAAGGUUGCUAAGCAGAAAGGAAAAGCAUCAUUGCCAUCAAGUACAAAACCUUCAUGAAGACUAUUGGGAAAAUUAAAACCAUCAUCCAAAUAGGUCUUGUUUGUGUUUAUUUAAAUAUAAUGCAGUUUAUUUUCUCUCAAAUUAUUUCCUUCUUUUACUAUGUAAAAAUGUCAUUUUGGUUUUUUCCUUAAUUUAUUUAAACAAGUGAAAAUACUUUGUUACUUUUAUCAAAGUUCAUGAUUUAAUAUUUUGUAUAUACUUUUUAUCUCUCCUAACAAAUGAGGUUAUUUUCAUAUUAGUCAAAACCUGAAAAUACAGUAACUGUUUUUAGUCUGUCAUAAUUUAACUUUCUGAGGGUAUUUAAAAAAUUAAGUAUGUUAUUUUGGGUUUUGAACAAAUAUAUAAGGAGCGUUGUUUAAAAAUAGUAAGUUAA